AUGGCUGAUGUCGAGGAGCCCAAGUUCAACAGCCUGGCUGAGAGAAUCGCCGCCUUGAACCAGCAAAAGAACUUCCAGGCCCCUGAGGUCAAGGCAAAGCGACCCCCGCCUCCGCCUCCUCCCACCAAUCGCCCUGUGCCGCGCAGCCAGACACUUCCUGUCGUCCAGACAAACGGACUUCCUACGCCUCAAAUCAGUCCCACGAUUCCUCCCCGGCCCACCAAGUCCACACCGGCAAAGCCCAGCCCACCACCGCUACCCCGGCGAACGACCGAUUCAUCCCAAGUCUCGGUCGAGACGCCACCUCCCAGGGACCGCAUUGCCCCUCCGCCUCUCCCUACGCGCACGUCGACGCAGCAAAUCUCACCAGCUUUACCCCCCCGGAGGCCCUCCACCCAGCAAUUGGCGGUGCGCCGUAACUCGAAUGCUUCCGAGAUUUCCAACCUGUCGUCCCUUUCAUUGAAUCAUACCGUGUCAUCUGCUACCAGCAUCCAUUCAAUCGACGGUCCCACGCGCAAGCUGCCGCCCACUUUGGACCAAGCAAACUUGCCGCCGCUGCCACCAACGAGGAGAGAGCGGGAAGCUCAAGCAAAAGAGGCUACUGCUCAACAGCCGCAGCAACCCAAACAUGCCCUUGUGUCGACCCACUCAUCGCCUGCCGUUCGGCAAAUUGAGCCCCCUCAGAGACCGGUGCUCCCCCCGCGACUGACAUCGAGGUCAACGAACCAGCAAGUUCAGAAGCCAUCUCUGGAAGAAGAAGCACCAGCAAAGCCGAGACGGCUACCCCCGCCCCCAACGUCAUACACCAAGUCGCAGCCGCAGACAAAUGCUUGCACCGCCCAGGAACAGCAAGCAAACGAUCGCCCACCGUUGCCCGUAAGACGGCCAGGCGCUGGCGAUGAUGCUCCUCCGCCCGUCCCCCUCAGUUCCCGUCCUAGUGUCGCGCAGAUUGAGGCCGUCUCCGCCAAAGCAGUGGCCCGCACCAACGACUGUCUAAUCUGUCGCGACUUUUCCGGUCCGGAUGGCGUCGCUGCUCAGUACCCCAGACAGUCACUCCCCAGGAACGACCCCGUAGGAUACCUGGCACAAGUGCUUUGCGGACCAUUUGCGUCUCACACAGACAAGGCGCGAGCCAUCUUUACUUGGUUUCAUCAUAACAUCGCCUAUGACUGCGCCGCCUUCUUCGGUAACAACAUCAGAGGUCGCUCCGGAGCCGAGACCAUUUUACUGGGCAAGGCCGUCUGCUCGGGUUAUGCGGAUACGUACAAGGAAAUUGCCCUUCGUGCAGGCCUCGAGUGUAUCACGGUCGUUGGCCACGGAAAGGGUUAUGGGUACACUGCUCUGAAAAAGGGGGAGCGUCCGCCGCCCAAGAAGGCCGACGGGCAUGCUUGGAACGCAGUGCGAAUUGACGGUGGGGAGUGGAAGCUCCUCGAUGCCUGUUGGGGCGCCGGUAACGUGUCGGACGUGACCAAGGAGUACACAGCCGACUUCAAGCCACAUGAGUUCACCCGGAGAAACGACAUCUUCGGACUCUCUCACUACCCAUCCGAUGACAGGCACUUCUUCCGGCCCGACGGCAGAGUGCCGAGCUGGGAGGAAUAUUACAUUGGUCCGGUCCACGGUGAUAAGCCCACCAUCUACACCCUCGCGUACGAGGAGGGUGUAUGGGAUCACACGGUCAGCCCCAAGGAGCUCCAGAUCCCAGUCUACAGCGGCCAAGUCGUGCGUUUCCAGUGGUCCAACAAAUGCGAGCACUGGACGUCAGAGAAGCACGGCAAGGGAAAGCCUCCGCUACUAUUCCUCAGCAUCAAGGGGCGUGACGGUCGCAAGGAGGACAUGGUCCCCAUCGAGACGGACGGCUUUUGGCAUUGGGCCGACGUGAACGCGAUCGAUCUGGGCGCGCCGGGCCAGAGCGUCAGCGUGGCCAUGAUCACGACCAUCGAUGGACAGGACGCGAGAGGCAUGACAGCCAAGGAGUACUUUGCAAAGAAGGGCAAGUGCGGCAUGAGCUGGACAUUCCUUAUGAAGUGGGAACUCAUUUGA